CCCAACAAAAUAAAGAGGAAGAAAGCGAGGCAAGGGGAGGUUGUUUAGAGCUGCUACACACUAUAAAAUGAUUGUGUCUGAAGAAAUGAGAACAGGAAUUGAACCACACUGCUGACAGAUUGUAGGAGGAAGGAUGUUUGCAACCAAGACCGUAACAGGGAGUUUUGCUGGCAUGAUUCAUGGCCUAACUGUAAAUAACCUCACAGAACAAGUCAUUCAGAGAAGCAAGAGAAUGAUUUUAGACACGCUGGGUGUUGGAUUGAUUGGAACUACAACAGAGGUUUUCCACAAGGCAUUGCAGUACAGCAGGAUUUAUAGCACAGACAUCUCAAGCACAGUUUGGGGCCAGCCAGAUCUCCGACUCCCUCCUCUCUAUGCUUCUUUUGUCAAUGGCAUUGCGGUUCACUCAAUGGACUUUGAUGACACUUGGCAUCCUGCCACUCAUCCCUCCGGAGCUGUCCUUCCUUCCCUGGUUGCCCUUUCAGAAUCAUUAUCAACACAUCACAAGAAAUCUGGAUUAGACUUUCUCUUGGCAUUCAAUGUUGGUAUUGAGGUACAAGGGCGACUCAUGUAUUUCUCGAAUGAAGCCAGCAAUAUUCCAAAAAGGUUUCACCCUCCAUCUGUGGUUGGUACAAUGGGAAGUGCUGCAGCUUCAUCCAAAUUUUUGGGCCUUGACCAAACUCAGUGCAGAGAUGCUUUAGCUAUAGCUGCAUCAUAUUCAGGUGCCCCUUUGGCAAAUGCAGCCACACAAACCAAACCCCUUCACAUUGGUAAUGCAAGCAGACAUGGCCUUGAGGCUGCUUGCUUUGCAUUCUUGGGGCUUCAAGGGAAUAAGCACAUCCUGGAUCUAGAGUCUGGUUUUGGUGCUUUCUAUCAUGACUAUGACCCACAAGCUGUGCCGUCUCUAGAAUCGUACAACUGGCUGCUAGAAAAACAAGAUGUUGCUGUCAAACGCUUUCCUGCUCACCUUGGAACGCACUGGGCUACAGAUGCAGCUUGUGCAGUGCGGAAACACAUUGUUAGAGACAGUCACUCCCUUCCAGUCAAUGACAUUCAGAAAAUCCAGCUAAAAGUCCCAGAUGUUAAAUAUGUGAAUCGUCCCUUUCCAACUUCAGAGCAUGAAGCUCGUCAUUCCUUCCAAUUUAACGCCUGUACAGCCCUCCUAGACGGCAAUGUGAGUGUCCAUUCUUUUACUGAUCACAAUAUCUCCAGGCCAGAAUUAAAGGCGCUGCUCGGUAAAACAGAGAUUGUACACCCACCUGAUAAUAAACCCAAUUUUGAUAAACUUUAUUGUGAGAUCAGUAUAACAAUGACAAAUGGAGCCACCUUUACAGAAAGAUGUAACACUUUCUACGGUCACUGGAGGAAUCCAUUGAGCAACAAAGAUCACCAAAAGAAAUUCAUAUCCAAUGCAUCCAUGGUCUUGUCAGAAGGUGGAGUAGAAGGAAUUAUAGAAGUAGUGAAGAACCUGGAAAACAUAUCUGACUGUUCGGUGCUUAGCUCUUUUCUCAGGCUAAGAAAUCAAACGACUGACAAGCACGAAAGGUCACUGCACAAUAAAUCAUGAGCACAGACAUUCUCAUGUUUAUACAUCAGACAGAUGCCCUUCUAGUUUAUAUAACUUAGAUCACACUAUCAUUUUAUAUUUUGUUUUCCCAUAAUAUACAACACCCUACUUGGCCUGUGUUUAAGGGGGCCAAAGUGAUACAAAAUGACAACCAAAUACACCUUUCACAUUUUUUUUCUUGCCAUCUCUGGACACUUGUAGGUAUCCAGCAGUAGAACUAUAAAGGGGGUGAGAUGAUUAGUGCUGCUUAGGUAAGUCAUAUGACUUCAAGUCAACCACAUUUUAGUUUUCUGCAAGCUUUAAAAUUGUAGACUGUGGUACCUUGCUCUUAUAGUACAGUCUGAUUUUAACUUGCUGAUUACAAUAAAAUAACACGGUUGGUGAUAAUGGGAUAGAUGCUAGUAUGAAAAACUACAUCAAUCUCAUGUCCCGAAGACAUCUUGAAAGAUAAAUAUGACCUUGGCUCUAUAGAAUUCCUGUUUUGAUGCUGAAAAUGUAUAAAAUGUACAAGCAAACUGUAUAAUCUGGUCAACCAGUGUGGGUUGUGUAGGUCUCCUAUUAAGAAUUACUAAUUACCGAAACUGCCCUGAAUGUAGAAAAUAGACCUGAUGUUUAACAGAGAAAUUAUUUAUGAACACUAACUAACUUAAGAAAAUCAAUUUUAUACCUGCUGUUAUAUAUGAAUGCCUGUGUUUUUCUUCUAUGAGAGAGAAGAAAAUGCCAGUCUUAUCUGCUUUUAAAGUUAUUAUAUUUUUUUUAAUUCAUCCCUAGAUCUGCAUACUGUUUUAAAGAUAUUAUUUGAUUUUACUCACUAUCUAUAGGUUGUUUUUAAAUUAUUCUCCUACAGCUAAAGCUAAAUGGAAGCUCACCAAGCAGACAUGCAAGUCUCAUGUAGUCAUGCAAUACAUGGCUCACUUGAUGAGCUGUUGUUAAGGAAAGUGCAUGCUUCCCCUUUUACGUGGUAGACUAGAUUGUGCCUGGCUUCCACUAAUUCUAUUCCAUCAAUUCCACUCUCCAAUUAUUUGGCUGACUGUAUACUACUUAGCUUAAACACUUAUAUCACAGUCACACUACCCCAAGCACAGUGUUCUGUCUACCCCAUCCAUCCUUUGCCCAUAGAUUAAAACACAGAGUCAGGGGAGUUCUAUGUUCUGUGCUGUUCUUAUUCAUAGUUGUGCUCAAACUCUGCCCACAAGAGAGUAUUCGUGCAUGUUCACAGAAAACCAAACUGAUAUAAUUUACUAGAAUUGUUUGCCUGCUUGCAAUGCACGUCCUUAGAUCUGCAUUUGUAAAAUUGUAGGUUAGCUGGACUAACUUAUUUUACCAAAAUUUUCGACAACAUAAUUCAACCACUAACUUACAGUUUAAAUUGACAGCAUGUUAAAGCUUCUAGAAGACUGUAUUAAGACUGAACAACACAUAAAUCACUUUUUCUGAAUGAGCUGUUCUUUGUAGGGGGUUUGUAAUAUGAACAUAGCCUUUCCAAGGUGUGCUGAUUGAUUGUGCAGAUGGACUAAACUGGAGCUGAGAAUCUAUGGCCUGUAAAAUGAAACAGCUCAGGACUGACUCUUCAUAGAAUAAGAUUGGUUGGUGUAUGCCAACAAAUGCCAGGAUGAAAAAGGCCUUCCACUAGCCAUAUACACUUGUUAUGGGUGUUCUUCAAAUUGUACAUUUUAGAAAUUGAAACACCUUAUGCUAAUGUAGUGAACUGAAUUGAAAACACAUACUUUCAAAACAUAAAAUAAAACUGAUGUUGAAAUAUUUCAAAACUGACACUGGAAAUUGCAAAAUGCCAAACACGUGCGUGAUUUUAGCAAUAGUUAUAUUUGCACUCUUCUUGCUUUCAUUGCACAAUGGUUUCAGCAUAAAAGCCAUCUGUAUUUAUACUAUACACUACCUACAUUUCAAAUACUACUUGAAAAUAUAAUAAAGUAAAUCAUAUAGCAACAAUGCUUUGUGUAAUAUAAGCAAAUUUUGCUGCUUGUUUGAUUUAUGUAAUUAUUUUAUUUUAAUAUGAUCAAAUGCAUAAUAAAAUGUUUCAGUUUAACAAA